AUGGCGGGCAGCGAUGCGGGCGGCGAGGGUCGGGCGCGGAGAAGCGGCGCCGCGCGGCGUCCGGGGGCCCCCGGCGGGCGGGGAGGCGAGGCUGCCGCCAGCAACCCGGGGCCGCUGUCCACUGCUGAAGCGCCGGCGGACGGCGCUGCGCUGCCCGCCUGGAUGCGCCUCUACUUCUACGGGAUGCACGGGAUCACCCUGGACGUGCUCGUGUCCGCGGUUCGGCGCUUUGCUAGCAGCCCGGACCUCCGGAUGCUGGGCUUCUCCUCGCCCUACCGCUGCCUGCUGCACUCGCUCACCCACUUCGCCCUGGAGAAGGUCUACCUGCAGCAGCGGCGCUGCCCCAGCGCCUUCCUCUUCAAUUUUCUCCUCUACCCCUCGGCCCACGUGGCGCUGCAGACCCUGGCGGGCCAGGCGCUGCUGCUCGGCCUGCGCAGCGGACCGCGGGGUGCGGCGGCGCCGGGGACACUGGACCUAGCGCUGCAGUAUGUGCUGGCUCUCUACCACUGCCAUGUGUUCCUGAAGCGCUUCCUGCGCUUGCGGUACCGGCGGCAGCCGGAGCAGCGGCAGCAGCCGCAGCAUCGGCCCGGCGCGCCCCCCGGCCCUCUGGGCGCCCGGGCCCCUGUGGUUGCAGGUGGCCGGAGGCGACUACCCCGAGACACUCGGGGCGUCGGAGGAGCCUCCGGUCAGGGGCUGCCGGACCUGCUCCGCUUUCUUUUCUUCGGAAUGCACGGCUUUUUGGAUGAGAUCUUCUUCACUUUCUUCUUUAACUUACUGGGGCAGGGAGACGGGGCCACCAGCGGCCACACGUCGCUCUGGUCCUUCUUUAUUUAUGGCAGCUGCAGUUUUGUGGUGGAAAAGCUCUACUUCCACCUGCACUGCAGUCGUGGCUGGAGCGCUUGGAAGCGGGUGCCCAUCUACGUGAUCUUAGUCUAUGUGUGGGAGUUGUCCUGGGGUCUGGGACUCCGCAUGUGCGGUGCUUGUUCCUGGGACUAUUCUCACUACCCGCUCAAUUUCAUGGGCCUCAUCACCCUGAUGUAUUUACCUGGUUGGAUAUUUCUUAGUGUGUACCAGGACCUACUCUCCAACGUGUUGUGGCGGGUGCAGUACCUACCGACCAAAUGA